UUAGGAAUAAAUUAGGUUAGAAUCAUGUUGUAGGUGACCUACCAAUGUGAUGAAUUCACCAUGCCUUGCUGUGCCGAGACGUUUGCAAAGUUCAUUCACUAAAGCACAGUUGAAGACGUACUGUGACAAACUCGGUGUCCCAUUGCAGGCUUCUGAAGCGAAAAUAAAACAAGCAUAUUAUAAAAAAAGUUUAUUGCAUCAUCCUGAUCGUAACCAAGGCAACAAACAAUCUGUGAAACUAUUUGCUGAAAUCAAUGAAGCGUAUCAAGCGUUGCUAAGUGAUCGAAGAGAUUCAAACGAAUCGCAGGAUUUUUCGAAUCGUUGGAAAUUUAAAUCAAAUACUGAGUUCCGGACAUGGCAAGGUCGUAGAACUGAAACUAAAAGGGGUCAAGGUUCGUCAUGGCAGAAUGUUCAUCCAGACGACGAUCAACAAUCACGUGACAACUACAUGGAAACGUCUAACGAUACACGGUCUGGUUGGUACGGACGAUUCUAUGCACAAAGUGUUGCUCGAGACUUUGCGAUUCACCGAGCAGAGAGAGCGAAAAGAACUAGCCAGCCGGGACCAAAACCGAAUAAUGAAUCUUGUGUGGUCAUGUAGCAGUGGUUGUUGAAAUAUUUCGAAAAAUGAUAUUUAUAUAAUUCAAAACUUAUCAAACCAGUUCUGCGCCAUCUUGAUCAGUACCUGGUCAUUUCAUGUUGUUUUUAAAAUUUUAGUAAAUUCUACUCUUCUUCUAAAUAAGUACUUGUAAGAUGAUUCUUAUAUUAUUUUUAUUUCAAUAAACCUCACGCAACACACUCGUCAAUUCAAAUCAAAAGCAGGAAUGUGGAGUAACAAAAAUUGAUACCCCACUCCAAGGCAUAUGGAAAGCAAUCUUGGCUCAUGGUUGACUAGAACAGGGGUGCACAACUCAAAUGAGGAUACGUGCCAAAUUUUUCAAAAUAAUCUUGUCGCUUGCCACACACAAUUGUGGUAUUGUAAAUGAACUCCCGCAAAACAAACAAAUUGCAAUAACAAUACAUAAUAACGGAUAUCUAUUUAUUGAAACAAUUUAAAGUCCUGAAAAACUGCUGAUUUUGAUAAAAACGUGAUAUUUUAAUGUAUAUCAUAAAUUAUUUUUUAAACCGUUCGCGUGCCACGUUUGAGCAUUUGGCGAGCCAAAUUUGGCACGCGUGCCCCGUGUUGUGCACCCCUGGACUAGAAUAUUGGCUCCAAUCCCAGCUGCUUUAAAUUUGAUGAAUUUGUAGGUAAUUUGACUUCAUGUUGCAAUUAUUUAAGCUCUAUCCCUUAUUCUGAGAACCCUACAUUCGCAUAUGAUGAAUCGUAUCUGUGUGCCGGGUGAACCUGAUAUCAGUCUGAUGAAAAUUUGCUAAAUUUAACGUGUCCAAUGAUAUCUCCCAUUUGCUCUUACUUUGUUCCUUCCCAUAUGAGAAAUCACUGUGCAUAAUUUCAGUACGGAAGUCACUGGUAUACAUACUACGUUCCGGUGUCUGCCAUCUUGGUUCACAUACAUCGGGAAUGCGAAAUUUGUAGAGAAGUUAUUGAUAGAUAGAUUUUAGAAAUGUAAAACACCAUUGAACUUUUUAUUCUUUAUUUAAAGCCGAUACCAAUUCUGCAGAAUCACUUUAAAUUCUUAAAAGCAAAAAACAAUAAUAUUGUAUUUGAUGGUUUUGAAAAUUCCUGUCUUUUGCAUGGCAUUGUCAGCAGUUAUAUUAUGAAUUUGAUUUCAUAUUAAAUAUUGCCAUUUUUAUCCGAAAAUAUGUUUGAUACUCUGAUAAAUUCUCUGUUUGGUUAUUCUGUUACUCAUAACUAAACCACAUCAUCAUUGCUAAGUGCCCAGAUUUGAAAUUUUUGAAAAAAUUGUUUCUCUCGGUAGUGUAGUACUUAAUGGUGUAAGCAUAACAAUGAAUUGAGAUACUUCCCGAAUUAGUCUCAAUUCAAACCAAAUGAUUGACUGGAUCUCAGACUAGUGUUAUUUGCCUUUCUUCAAAAAGCUGACUUGCCUUGACAGUGAAACACUCCAUAAGAUGUUGUGAGAUGUUCUUCUAUGAAAUAUAUAUUUAUUCUACUUCCUCUGCCUUGUUUCAUUUUAAAUUUCUUUUGAAAUAAAAGUAUGUUUAUGAGUGAAA